AUGUAUUCAACUUAUCGCCUUAAGAAACUGUUAUUUCAUCCUUCAUUCACCUUAUCGUCGUUGCAUUGCUGCCGCCGCCAAAUUUCCUCUUCCCUUCUCGCAGUUGCUAGUUAUUCCACUACCUUAUCUGCUUCUACUCUGAAGAGGAGGACUCGAUCGGAUAAAAAGUUCGAUGAGGAGAGCUUUCAUCAAUUUGGUGACACCGAGAGUCAUAUUCCGGUGAUGCUCGAAUUUGUACCAGAUAGGUUUAGGUUAACUGAAGAAGAGGUCUCAAGAGUCAAACAUGUUGUUUCAGAGCUUCUUCGGAAAGAAACAUAUGUUAAAGACUUAGAUAACAACAAUGUUCAUGCGGUGGUGCAGCAAGUAGUGAAUAUAAUAGAAGCUGCAGCUGGAGAACUUGAAUGCCUUUCUGUUGUUGUUGCUUCCAAGUUGCAGAAAUUCUUUCUUUUUGACAAUAUUGAUGUUGAGGGAAGAAGUAACUCCUCAACUAUUUUUUCUCGGUUAAGCUCUCACGCUGAAGAAGAUGUUAGGAAACAGCACGAGGGCAUUUUGGUCAUGCUGGCAAAACAAUCUCCAUGGUCGAUAAUUUAUCCAACCCUCGUUGAUGUUAACACAAGUGAAGAGGAUCAUUCGAUGGAGCUUACAUGA